GGUAAUUCAGGGGAAAAGAAGGCAAGCACAGAUACCCUCCUCUCCAGCUCUCCUUUGCCUUCCCUUAUUGGCAAAACUACACGCAAAAAGUUUUGCGCGCGGGGGAGGGGCAUAUUCUUAGCUCGCGCCUUAAACCAGUUCAAAUACUUGGCUUCUCUGCUUCUUCCAUUUAUUCCGUACCAUCUUCCUCCUCCUCCUCCAUUUGACCUGACUAAGCCCUGGAUUGACAUUCUCCCUGCGCCCAAGUAGUAGUGUUGUUCAAUUCAUGCAUGCUACGUGGGCAGUAGCUUCAAGAAAGAACCGUCGACCUCUGGGCAGAACGUGGGCGUCGCUAAAUACACGCAAAGAACACCACAUUUCUUCUCCGCAGCCAGCAUGCUGGGAGGCGCCGUGCACCGACGUCCUCUGGCCACGAUGCUGCAGCAAUACUGCAGGAGCCCCGUACCGGCAGCAGCCUUCCUCGCCGUAGCCGGCGUCCGCAUUAAUGCUGCGACGCCGAGAGGCGGCGAUAAGCGGCGGGGAAUGCACGUGGGCGGCGGCGGGGGCUCGUUGUGGAGGAAGCCGGAGGCGGGGCGUCUGAAGCUCAACUUCGACGGGUCGUCGCGGCAGCACGUGUCCUCCCGGAGCGCGAGCAUCGGCGGCGUGGUGCGCGACCACGAGGGGAGGUUCGUGCUGGGCUACGCGGAGCGGAUCGGGAAGGGGUCCACGAGCUCGGUGGCGGAGCUGGCGGCGCUCAAGCGCGGGCUGGAGCUGGCGCUGGAGCACGGGUGGCGCGGCCGGGCGCUGUGGGUCGAGGGCGACGCCAUGGCCGCCGUGGACGCCGCGCGCGGGAAGGGGAGAAGAAGGGUCGUCAGUGGAAGGGCGGAGGAGGACCGGAGGCUGUGCGUGGAGAUCGCCGAGAUGCUGCCGCUGCUCGAGACGGACGACGAGGAAGAGGAAGAUGGGGGCAUUAUGGUCGUGUCGCACGUGGGAAGGGCAGGGAACACGGUGGCGCACGGGUUCGCGAGGCUCGGGCACGGCGCGGCGAGGCCCAAGGUGUGGCGCGGGGUGCCGCCGGCCGAGGUGAUGAAGCACCUGCAUCGGGACGCCCAGGGGGAGUAGAUCGGCACGUACGCACGUACGGGUACGGCUGCGCGUGGAAAUGUUUGUGCAUACGUGAUUUCCCGCGCGCAGUUCGAUUUGUGCAGCGGUGACUAUUUGUUCGUGGACAUGCAUAUGUGUCCAUUCGUUUGGUAUUUAGUUUUGCAGAAAAUUUGUACAGCAAAUUAACCAGCAAUUGUAUAUAUGCCGGCUUGGGAGUAUAUUCAAAACCGGAUUUGUGUUCCGUCGUAUACAUGGAACGAGCCAUUAGUGGAUUUUAUAGCAUGUAUACUUUUUCGAACCGGACUCCGAAGGACUCAAUCCUUAAUUAAGCAGAUGAAAAUUGUCCAGUUAAUUUAACGGAAAUCCGGGCUAAAAUCGUAAACAAACGUUCACAGUGUCAACAUGAAACAUGUCAACUCCACAAACACUCUGGCCAACCUGUCUACCCACACACAUUCCACGCACAAUGCUGAAAGAAAAAACGAUGCCGAG